AUGGCGGGUUCCAUAUGCGCCCCCGGCCAAUACAGAGGCUUCUCAGAUGUCCUGCACCAUCUGGAUGGGCUAUUUGAGUCCUUUCAGGCAAGGCUGAAGGCACACUUGCGACCCACUAUACCAAAGGACCUGACAACUGCUACAAGUCCACGUACAGCCACUGGGCGAAAAGAGAGCAGUCAGUGUCACACCAAGGACCGAAUGGUGUGUAGAAGGAGAGCAAGACCCACGGUGAAGCCGGCAGCAGAAGCUGGAACUUGGGACCGCCUGCUGAUCUCACAGGAUUUACCUGACUGCCACAAACCACCACUUAAGGGAGUUAUCAGACUUCCAUCUGGGACUCCUGUACGAGGUCUACAUUUGGCAACCACAAGGCAUAGGCUCAUCUCAUACCCAAACCAGGGUCUACCUACCUUUAACAUCACAUCCCAACCGUGAUGCUGCUGAAUUCGCGAUUUAAACGGUUGCCUCGUUUCCUUUCAUGUACUUCGUAAUGCUUUUACAUAUAGUCUGUCUGGGGGGCCUCCUGAGGGUUCUUACUCGUUGCUAAACUGUGACAUUCUUACAUUAACUACUAUUAACUCUACAGCUUCUACAGCUGUAAAGAACCUGCUUGCCUAUUAUCACAAUGUUUCACUCAAACUGCACUGUCUUUCUUGACGUUUUUAUUUUUUCCUUUAGUUAAUUUUAAAAAUGUGCUGCUUCUUCUAUACACUAUAAUUGUCAGUGUAUACUAUCCUAUUUUUGUCAUUGAUAAGCACAUC